AGGCUAGGGAUAUAUAUGUAUCGUCGACUAAUUCCCCCAGCUCUCAUCAUCCCUCUCAACCUUUUGCAGUCACCAGCUAUAAGCCAUGGUGCGAGUCGAAGAUCAUAUCUCGGUACCCCGAAGCGACGCCGCGAAUAAUCUGAAUUGGGCUCUGAUAGCGCAUGCAAAGGCGGAUCAGGUACACAACCGUAUUCCUCAAGGCUGGAUAUUGGAUGAAGAGAUACUGGCGAAUCAAGCAAACGAUAUCACCCAUGUGCCGGACACCUGUGGUCUACUGAGUAAGCGGGAGAUCAUCAUCACCUCCUCGGAAGCAAAAGAGCUGGCAGACCAGUUGGCAGCGAAGGUCUACACGUCCUAUGAAGUCACUCUGGCGUUCUGUAAACGCGCGGCGAUAGCACAUCAGCUCACAGGAUGCCUGUCUGAAAUCUUCUUUGAUAAGGCCCUCGAAGCUGCCAAGGGGAUCGAUGAGCAGUACGUCCAGACAGGCAAGCCCCUUGGUCCACUCCACGGGCUUCCAGUGUCCCUCAAAGAUCAUCACAGAGUCGAGGGCACGGCCGCAGCUAUAGGAUACGCUUCACUAGCCUUCCAAGAGACAAAAGCGGGACACGAAUCUGAAAUGACCAAGAUCAUGCGACACCUCGGAGCGGUACUCUACUGUAAGACUAGUGUACCCGUCGGGAUGAUGUCUGGGGAGACCUACAAUCAUAUCACUGGGUACACUCCGAAUCCGUUCAAUCGGAGCUUGUCAAGUGGAGGAUCAUCAGGUGGUGAAGGCGCUUUGCUCGCCAUGCGAGGUAGCCCACUGGGGGUGGGGAGUGAUAUAGGGGGAUCUUUACGCAUCCCGGCAUCAUUCUGCGGGUUAUACACUCUUAAACCUUCCUUCGGGCGCUUUCCGGCGUAUGGGGGUGUGGAAUCGUUUCCCGGACAAGAGGCUCUACGAAAUGUGAAUGGGCCAAUGAGUCAUUCUCUGGCGGCCAUUGAGAUGUGGAGCAAGGCAGUGAUCGAUACCGAGCCGUGGAGGGAAGCAGAUCCAGAUUGUCUGCCUAUACCUUGGCGAGAAGUCAAGCUGCCACAAAAGCUCUGCUUUGGCUUUGUACGGGAUGACGGGGUUCUAAGGCCAUCACCUUCCGUCAGUCGAGCUCUGAAGCUCGUCAUUGAGGCGCUGGAAGCUGCAGGGCAUACAGUAGUCCAAGUGGAUCUACCCGGAAGAUACAACAUCAACCUUUAUAAAGGGGACCUGUACCUCCGUCAAGGCGCGAAAGUUAUCCGUGAGAACCUCGAGGUAGCAGGCGAGCCCUGGCCUCGAGGAUAUGAUCACCUAGAAUUGAUAUCUGCACCUGAUGAGCCACCCGCAAGGGUAUCGGAUCUAUGGCAAGCUUGUAUGAUUCGGACACGAUUCGCUCAUCAAGUCGGCAAGUUGUGGUCCGCGACCAAGGAUAUCACCGGGACAGGGAGGGAGAUUGACGCCUUGAUCACUCCCUGUACUGCUUGGCCCGCUUGUAAGCGGUACGAGUUCGGUCAUGACGAUUACCUGAGCGUAUGGAGCCAGCUGGACUAUUGUGCCACUGUCAUCCCCGUGACCAAAGUGGAUCAACAGCUAGAUGCGGUGCAAGAUAUCGUGACGCUCAAUGAGGUAGAAGCAAGCGUGUGGCAGGACUAUCGGGUGGAAGACUACGCCAAUGCUCCAGUCGCCGUGCAGCUAGUGGCUAGGAGGUUACACGAAGAGCACCUCCUGGCCGUGACAAAGGUCUGCGAUGAGGCGCUUCGCAAAGUAGCCUGAGGCAAGCUUGAUCCGCCCACCAAGACUUGCGAUUCGUAGCGGGUGCUUGCCCAAAAACGACAUUCAAGAGCGGA